GUAAAUAGAAUCUCUGUUGAAACCGUGAACUUGGGCUGUGUCUCGUUUGGAAGGAUGCGUCCUCCGGAGAUACGUCAUCGAUGCUGUCUCGUUUCAGAAAAGCUAGAUGGGCACUUCGAAUGCGACCUUCUCUCACGGGAAUUCUGAGGAUGCAUGAGGUUUAUCCUUCGUGGGCACUCACAAUAUUUUGCUUAAACGGAAAUGUCUAAAAAAUGAAGCCAAUUUGCCCGCAAAUAUGAAGUUCAAACGCAAGUAAUGUUAAUUCCCAAUUUGAAGUACCUCAGUAGAUGGGUGCAGAGUAUAUAAAAUGUAUAAUUAUAUUAAUAUAUAAUUUUAAUAAAAUAUUAGACUAAAAUGCACCUGUAAAAUCUAUUUUCUUUUCUCUUUUACACCAUUAUAACUCUCCUAAAAUGUACUUCAUACAUUUCCUUCUAAAUGGACUUUGUUCCCUUCUCACUCAAAGCGCUCGUGCUUGUUAAAGAGUGGCGUGCUGUCAUAGCAACCGUGUUACCGAUCCGUUUCCGUUUGUCCUACGAGGCUUGUUUUAAGGAGGACACUCGGUAUACUGCAGCCUUCAAAUGACUCAUCCUACCUAGCAUGCAGCCUUCCAAACGAGACAUAGCCUUGAAGUUGUGUAAGGGUCACGUGACCGGAACAUCGUUUUUCAGUUUACCAGAGCUUGUCCUCUCAAAUCUGCACACAAAUACGCUAUUGCUUUGCUUUUUAUCUUUUGGUAAAAAAUGUCAUUUUGUUCUUUUUUCGGGAAGGAGUUUUAUAAAGAUAAUUUCAAACCUGGAAUGUAUGUUUGCUCCCAAUGUGGACAUCCACUCUUUUCGAGCAGGUCCAAAUAUGCUCAUUCCUCUCCAUGGCCUGCUUUCACAGAGACCAUCCGAGAAGACAGUGUAACAAAAAUGAUGGAGUCAUUAACAGCCUACAAGGUUCUAUGUGGCAAGUGUGGUAAUGGACUUGGUCAUGAGUUUCUGAAUGAUGGUCCAGAGGAGGGCUUAUCACGUUUCUGAAUAUUCAGUCACUCGCUUAAGUUUGUCCCCAAAGAUAAGGUUGAUAAACACUAAAGCGAGGUGAAGGUCCAUGCUGAUGAAGCUGCUGUCGCACGCACAACAUUGGUGAUGGGAUGUUUAGCUCAUGAAGUGGACAAGGAAAAGCCCCUGAUCAGGGAUCCUGUACACAGAUGUAAUAUGGCCAUCCUGGAAGCCACAGAGACUAAAUUAGUUUAUCUAUUUUUUUUUUUUUUACUAGUCUGCAUAAGUUUUAGGAAAAUAUGCUAAAUUGUUCUUGGAUUUAAGGAAUUACUUAUUGCUAAAACAGUUUGGAAUAUUGCUCGUUGAAUAUGUUAAUUGUGAACCUUCAUUGUUUCUUAUAGUAAUUAGCAUGUGUCAUUAUUGUGAUGCUGAAUUGCUGUACCAAAGAAUUUGCUUGUUGUCAUUGAAUCUAACAUAUACAGCUAGACACAAUUUAUUGAAAUUCAUGUUCCUACACUAAAAAAAUAUUGAAGUGGUGUUUACUUAAAAGAAACAUGGGGAAACAAUUUCCAUGCAGAAAUUGCUAUUAAAUUUAACAGACCAUAUUUUCAAGUAAAGGCUACACACAGUUCUUGGUGGCUUGGAACUUCUCAAGUAAAGUUUACGUUGCACAUUCUAUUUCAAGUACAUUUUAAUCACUUUUUUGUUUUACAUUUUACUCAGUGUAGCACUGAUUUCAAUGCUUUCUUUUAACGUCCUUAAUCAUGUACAACACGACACAUGGAAGCCUUCCAAAGGGAAGAUUAGUACAUGCUUUGUAGUCUAUAGACAACAUCACCUUUCAUUAAUGGUGAUUGAAACAAGAUUCUGAGCUGCGGACGCAGACCUCAAUACUGGGUGCAGUAAACACAAUGACUGUUACAGUCAACAAAUGUAUUUUAUUUUUUAUCAUGAAAACGUCAUUUUGAGUAGAAAAUUAAUUUCAGACUUCACAAAACAAGAAGUUACACGUAACAAUUGGUGUAAAUCAACUUGCACACUGAAACUAUGCAAGCUCAUUAAUUAUUCAAGCCAGGUGGGAAUAUCAACAGUUAAGUAAAAUUUACUCAAAUUGGCAAAUAAAUACGAAAAAGAUUUUGUCCUUUAGGAAUCAUACACGAUGAGGCAUUGUAAAGAUUUACUUGUAAGCUAGAGCAUUAUUUUUUACAUGUUAAAAAGUGGGUACAAAUGUAGAAUUUACUUAAUAUUUUCAAGUUCACGCUUUAACUUAUUAAUUGUAGAAAAUACAUAAUCUUUAUUUACUUAACUGCAAUUUUUCUUCAGUUUAUUACAUCGAAUUUUUGUUGUUAUCUAUUCCAUGCCCACUAUUAAAACUACGAA